AGCCGGAAGUAGAGCCCAGCCGAGAGGCCCCUGUCCGGCUAGGGAGGAGGGAAGGGGGAGGGAACUAGAGAGGAGGAGGAGGUUAGCCUAGGCAUCUACGGCGGCGGCGGCGGCGGCGCAGGGGCUGGUACGCGCUGGGCGGCGAGAGCCUCAUGGCGGAGGAAGAGAGCGACCAAGAGGCCGAACGCCUCGGAGAAGAGCUUGUGGCCAUUGUGGAGUCCCCGCUGGGCCCUGUGGGGCUUAGAGCUGCGGGCGACGGCAGAGGCGGCGCUGGCAGCGGCAACUGCGGCGGCGGCGUCGGAAUCAGCAGUCGGGAUUACUGCCGACGCUUCUGUCAGGUGGUUGAAGAUUAUGCUGGAAGAUGGCAGGUCCCUUUGCCACAGCUUCAGGUUCUUCAGACUGCCCUUUGUUGUUUUACAACAGCCAGUGCAUCAUUCCCAGAUGAAUGUGAGCACGUACAAUAUGUUUUGAGUAGCCUUGCUGUGAGUUUCUUUGAGUUGCUGCUGUUCUUUGGAAGAGAUGAGUUUUAUGAAGAGCCCUUAAAGGAUAUUCUUGGAUCAUUCCAGGAAUGCCAGAAUCACCUCCGCAGAUAUGGAAAUGUGAAUCUGGAACUGGUGACUCGAAUCAUUAGAGAUGGUGGCCCAUGGGAAGAUCCAGUGUUGCAAGCUGUCCUUAAAGCUCAGCCAGCAUCUCAGGAGAUAGUGAACAAAUAUUUAAGUUCUGAAAAUCCACUGUUCUUUGAACUACGUGCCAGAUACCUAAUUGCUUGUGAACGCAUACCCGAAGCAAUGGCUCUUAUUAAAUCUUGUAUAAAUCACCCAGAAAUCAGUAAAGACUUAUACUUCCAUCAAGCACUCUUCACAUGUCUGUUUAUGUCACCUGUAGAAGAUCAGCUAUUCCGGGAGCAUUUAUUGAAAACUGAUUGUAAGAGUGGAAUUGAUAUCAUCUGUAAUGCUGAAAAAGAAGGCAAAACUAUGUUAGCCUUGCAACUCUGUGAAUCCUUUCUUAUUCCACAGCUCCAGAAUGGGGAUAUGUACUGUAUCUGGGAGUUGAUUUUCAUAUGGAGUAAACUACAGCUUAAAUCUAAUCCUUCAAAACAAGUUUUUGUAGAUCAAUGCUACCAGCUUUUAAGAACAGCAACUAAUGUGAGAGUCAUAUUUCCUUUCAUGAAAAUCAUCAAAGAUGAGGUUGAAGAAGAAGGCUUGCAAAUUUGUGUUGAAAUAUGUGGUUGUGCUCUACAACUCGACCUUCAUGAUGAUCCCAAAACUAAAUGUCUAAUUUAUAAAACAAUUGCACAUUUUUUGCCAAAUGAUUUGGAGAUCCUCAGGAUUUGUGCACUCUCAAUAUUUUUUCUGGAGCGCUCCUUAGAAGCGUAUCGAACUGUUGAAGAGCUUUACAAACGUCCAGAUGAAGAAUAUAAUGAAGGCACAAGUAGUGUUCAAAAUCGUGUUCGUUUUGAAUUGCUUCCAAUUUUGAAAAAGGGAUUGUUUUUUGACCCUGAAUUUUGGAACUUCGUAAUGAUUAAGAAAAACUGUGUAGCAUUAUUGAGUGAUAAAUCAGCAGUUAGAUUUCUAAAUGAAAGCACACUGGAAAAUAAUGCAGGUAAUCUAAAAAGGACGGAGGAACAGCAAGGUUUGGAUGAAGGGUUUGACUCUCUUACAGAUCAGAGCACUGGAGAGACUGAUCCUGAUGAUGUAUCUGGAGUGCAGCCUAAAGGUCAUAUUAAUACGAAGAAAAAUCUUACAGCUCUUAAUACUUCCAAAGUAGAUCACAAUGUCCCAAGGCAUCGUUGUAUGUUAUGUAACAAGGAAUUUUUAGGUGGUCACAUUGUAAGGCAUGCCCAGGCUCAUCAGAAAAAAGGCAGUUUUGCAUGUGUAAUAUGUGGUAGGAAAUUUAGAAACAGAGGACUUAUGCAGAAGCAUUUGAAGAAUCAUGUUAAGAAGAUACAGAGACAGCAAAUUGCUGCAGCUCAACAGGAUGAUCAGGAAGUCACUGCUUUGGAAGAAAUAAAUUGUUCUAGUUCUUCCAUUUCAUUUGAAAAUGGGAAUUCUGAUAGUAAGGAUUUGGAAGUGGAGACACUUACUGCUUCUAGUGAAGGAAACAAAGAAGUCAUCCCUGAGCAUGUGGCUGAAUUCAUUGAAAUUCCCAUAAGUGUACCAGAAGAUGUUAUUGAAAAUGUUAUUGAAAAUGGCAGUCCUAAUAAUUCUUUAAAUAAUGUCUUCAAGCCUUUAACUGAAUGUGGGGAUGAUUAUGAGGAGGAAGAGGAUGAAGAAGGUGAUUAUGAAGAAGAUGAUUAUGACCUGAAUCAAGAAACUUCAGUAAUUCAUAAAAUCAAUGGAACUGUGUGCCAUCCAAAAGACAUAUAUGCCACAGAUCAAGAAGGAAACUUUAAGUGUCCUGCUCUUGGCUGUGUCCGGAUAUUUAAAAGAAUUGGGUUUCUAAAUAAACAUGCAAUGACCGUACAUCCAACUGAUUUAAAUGUGCGACAAACAGUAAUGAAGUGGAGCAAAGGAAAAUGCAAAUUUUGUCAAAGGCAAUUUGAAGAUUCUCAACAUUUUAUAGACCACCUUAAUAGACAUAGCUAUCCAAAUGUGUAUUUUUGUUUGCAUUUUAAUUGCAACGAGUCGUUUAAGCUGCCGUUCCAGCUUGCCCAGCACACAAAAAGUCACAGGAUAUUUCAGGCUCAGUGUAGUUUUCCAGAAUGCCAUGAGCUUUUUGAAGAUCUUCCUCUGCUAUAUGAACAUGAAGCUCAACACUAUUUAAGUAAAACACCAGAGUCAUCUGCACAACCAAGUGAAACAAUUCUUUGGGAUGUUCAGACAGACUCAAAUCCUAAUCAGGAAAAAGACUCAUCUAGUAAUGAGAAACAAACUAUUAGUCUGCCAGUUUCUACUAGCAAAUCAAGGAAAGAGUCUACAGAACCAAAGACAUGUAUAGAAAGUAUGGAAAAGAAAACAGACAGUUUAGUUCAGAAUGGAAACGAACGUUCUGAUGACACUGUUUCAAAUAUAAGCUUGAUAGACCAAAAGAUGCCUGACAUAGAGCCAAAUUCUGAAAAUAAUUGUAGUAGUAGUGAUAUAGUCAAUGGACACAGUGAAAUAGAGCAAACACCUUUAGUUUCAUCAGAUCCUGCUUUGAAAAUUGAUACAAACAGAAUCAGGACAGAAAAUGGUUCCAUUUUACCCAGUGUUGUACCACAAGAACACAACACCUUGCCAGUAUCUCAGGCACCUUCCAAACCAAAUCUGACAAGUGAAUAUACUUCAUAUGGCUUAAUUUUAACAAAACCAUACGUCAGACCAUUGCCUCCCAGUUACCUUGAUGAACGGUAUCUUAGUAUGCCAAAACGCAGAAAAUUUCUGACUGAUAGAGUAGAUGCCUGUUCUGAUCAAGAUAACGUGUAUAAAAAAUCAGUGAAAAGAUUAAGAUGUGGCAAAUGCCUGACCACCUACUGUAAUGCAGAAGCACUUGAGGCUCAUGUUGCACAAAAGAAAUGUCAGACACUCUUUGGAUUUGAUUCAGAUGAUGAAAGUAAGUCUUCUGUCUUCUUAGUAGAGGUAUCUGUAGAAAGAGAAAAUGGCAUAAAUAAAACUAUUAUAGAUCUUUGAGAUUUAAAAAAUUGAUAUUUGUGUAGCACAGAUAGUGAAGCAUUACUCCAUACAUUAUUUCCUUUAAUACAUACAACCACUAUGAGGUGAUACUAAUAUUCCUGUUUUAUAGAUCAAGCAACUGAAAUUCACAAGUAAUUUGCAUAGGGCUUUGCCUAUGAACUUGUGCAAGGCAGAACCUGAACACAGGUUUUUCAUAUUUUUUGAUUAUACUUCUUCCAUUGUAUCAAAGGUUAUUCUUCAUUCCAAGUUUCAUAUAAUAAAAGUUGUAAUUUUGAUGGGAAUUAUUUUUCAUAUGCAUUCCAGAAUAUAAAUCAAGUGAAUCUGUGUCUCUGUUACAAAAAUAGAAGUAGAAAAAGAACAGAAAAUAAUUGAGAAACAAAAUCAGAAAAAGAGCUUGUCUGUCUACUAAUAUCAAUAUCCUUUAAAAUGACAGGGUAUAAAUUAAACAGGAAUCUGACUUGGAAUUCCGGUCGAAUGUCAAUAAAACUUGAAUUAACAGAUGUGUUCUGUUUUACAGGUGCCUGAUGAAAAUGUUUCAGAAAGAUCUGUCAAUCAAGCAGUAGUGUGAAAAAAGCACUAUAAGAAAAUGCAUCAUCAGUUUGCUAUUUCCCUGAUGGCCUUAAUUUUAGAGUGGUCUCGGAUUACUAAAGAUAAAGACAAAGCACAUUUUCUAGAAUGAACUCACAGAGAUGUGCUGGCUUAGACUCCAAAAGGGUUAUUAUAAAACUCCCAAAGUACCAGUUUUCCAGAAAACCACAUUUUACAGUUUAUGAUGAUUAAUAGCAGCAGCAUGUUCAGUUUCGCUUAUAUGAGAAAGAUGUUUAGGCAACUAGUCAGACAACCAGCUAUGGCCUUACAGAAAGGGAAAAGUUAACCCAUUAUUAAAAAGUGUGUGUGGGGAGGGGGGCUGGUUUACAAUAAUAAACCAUUUAAAGUAUUUUAUUCUACAAAUGGGGUUUGUUUUCUUGUCAUGCAUAAUCAGACUAUGUCCCCUCCCUUCUGGUUAAACAUGGUUUAAGGAACCGCUGCUGUUUGGUUUGUGAUAUGAUUUAGAAACUUAUACAUUAACUUACCACAGUGCUACCAAUUAAAGAUUGUAACUGGUUUCCAGAUGAUUAAUUAGGUCAAAGUUCAAUGAAUGGCACGCCAGCAUUGAAAAUUAAAAAACAAAACAAAAAAAACCACAGUGCUUUGCUAAUAAGCUCUUGAUAGAACCUCCCACUAACUACUUUUGUGGUACAAAUUAGUUACAUUUAAAGGGCAGCAGUGUCAAUAAAAUAGAAAAAAAACCGAUCAGUAACUCUGGGGAGAGAUGAAAGGAAUCUAAGACUUUACAGGCUUUGUAGUUGAAGGAAAACACUGAAUUGCAAAUUAUUCAAUGUGAAUAAUGGUAAAAGCACACUGGGAUAUUUCUGUUUGUGUAUAUGUUGGGACAUUGCUUGAUGAUUCAUAGUAAGGUCCUUUAGACAUUAAUGUGAGUUAUCUAAGUACAGUCCUAUUAAAAUAACUGGCUCAAAAAAUCAGCUAAGAAUCAGGUUGAGAAAUCAUUCAUUUUAUUCUAUUUAGAAGAGGUAAUUCCAAAAUAAGCCAUACUAUUCCUGUUUUUUUAAUUCAUUAGUGAUGAUUGGUCUGAAUAGUAAUUUUUAUAUGUAAAAGGAAGUAUUUACACAAAACAUUUGCACAAGAACACAGUAAGAGAUACAUUCAAGCAUUGUUUUCCUUAGUGAUGUUAUUUUCCUAAGAAGAUUUUAACUUAAUAAAGUGUUAAAACAAUAAAUAUUUUUAAAAAUACCCUCUCAGAUGUUUUCCAUUUGUCCAUUAUUGAAAGGAAGAUGCUUAAAGACUUCCUUUUACCUAAUAGUGUGUAAAUCUAAAACAGGGAUAAAAAUAACAAAAAGGCAAAGUGUUUCAAAACAGAUCUCCUAAUGUCCCAAUGUCAAAUAUUCCAGUUAUUCUAAAUAAUAAAAUCUUUGUUCAAGGCAGGUAAUCUCAUCAGACCCUAUUAGAGCUUCUUGAAUGAGGCUAUUACGGAAGUGGGGAAUUUCUUCCAGGUAGCAUCCAUAUUUUAUUAAAUUAGGAUUUCCAGAUCAUGAUAGAUCAGAUGAUUUUCUUUUAAUUUCCUGGUUUUAUUGGUUUAUCAUCAGCAUUCACUACUAUGCAAUGAUGGUCAUAAGUCCAUUCCAAAUUUAUAUUUGUUUCUGUUAUGUAGCCUACAUUAGGCUGUGGAAUUUACAUUUAGGUAACUAAACACAGCUCAUAAUUAAAAUCUUUUCUUUAAGGUCAGCUAAAAAAAAUGUUUUCUGUAUUUCUUGAUACUAAAAAUGUAAUGAUUUUUAUUUUAGUUCAUUCUAAAAGUAUGUCUUGUAAUAAAAAGUCUGUUUGGAAACUGGUUCAUUUGGACAGUGAAGUCUUUUGAAAUAUUUCUGCUUUGUACAUUUUCCAGAAGUUUAAUAUUUUAUCACAUUUUCCACAAGUUGUAACAAUUGAUAUAAAUCCAUGCCCACAAAGUAUUCCAUUUUUAUUACUUUUACUGUUCAUGCCAAGAUGUUUCAAAUAUAUUCCAUUUGUAAUCUGUCUUUAACUUGAGGUUUAUUUCUACUUUUGUGUUGCUAAAAUUAUUUCCGAAAGACUGAGAUCAAACUGGUUUAUAUAUAACUAAAUCAAGGAAUGUUUUAUAAAAUUCUAUUUGACCACACUGUCUUAACCUCGGUUUAUAUACUUCUCAAAUAGCUAUUGAAAGAAUGUGUUCAUUUUAUUACGUCUGUCUUUUAAAACAUAAACCUACAUCAUUUUGCUUUUAUAGGGUGCAUAAACUUCCAACAGUUCUAAUUUGAGCGCUUCAGAAGAAAAGGAAGCUUGCUUCUUAUUCCUCAGAUUCUUCUUUUUUUCUGUUUUGAGGAUGUAUUCAUCCUACAUGGACCAAGUUUCAAAUCUUUGUUUUUAAAUAAAAAUUUCCUUCAAAAAAUUAAAUGUUAAAUUUCUGCUGUGUGUCAGUAAGGUGAAGAAAAUAGCAAAUCUGAAUUUUUGCUGCUCAGAUAUUAUGGAGGAGGUAAAAAGGGGAAUCUCCGUGGACAAGGACACUGGUACUUUGGGCUUUAGCCAUAUUCAUUUUUUUGAAACCACCAAUAAUAUAAUACUUAAAUAAUUUAUAUCAUUGAACUUGUGAUUCUUUUCAAAUCACACUGAAGGUUCAGCCGUACUCCUUUCAUGUUUGGUUUAAUACUGUUGUAUGGAUGAAAAACCUAAAAGGGAUGAUAGUGUUUAUUUUUUAAUUUAUUUGGUACUGUAAAACACCUUUUCAGAAUGAGUAAAUGCUGCAUAUGCAUUUUGGAGUUGUUAAUAUGUGAAAGAUAUUACAGAUUCAGCAAGAAAGGAAAUUUGUGCUUCCUUGUUGAAUGUUAAAUUAUUUUACUUUGCAUUUUAUAAGAGUACAAAUUAAAACUGAGCCAUUGAACUGCAAUAAAUCAACAAUAGUGUCUCAUUUCAAGAAAUUUUUUGUACUGUACAUAGAUUUGUUCAAUAAAACGUCCUUGUUGGUAAUCAA